AUGGCAGCGCUGUAUGAAGCAUACACGCUGUGCGCGCUUCUUCCACCACAAAACUCCACUGAUUCAGGAAUUCAGGGAAUAGAACCGGAUCGAGACGCCGAUCGUGUGAUCGUUACCGACUCGGGCCGAUCCGUCACCGUUUAUAAGGUAUCUGAUCAGAAGCCACUGGGCAGUUGGUCGGUGAAACAGGGUCAGUGUUUAUCCUGCCCUGCUGUCUAUAACACACAGACAAAGGAGUAUGUGGUAGUAACAGAUGAAAAGGUCAUCAGAGUUUGGAAAGAUGAAGAUGUCAGUUUUGACAAAGCCUUCAAAGCAACAGUAUCAGCUGAGAUUUACAGAGUGCACUCUGUGCAAGAAGGUGAGCCUGUGGUGCUGUUUCGGCGUGGGGCUGUUCGGCUCCUUGAUUCGCUCCUCGCUGCACCUCAGCAGCCCAUAGAGGAUGUGCUGUCGGAAGAUGAAACGAUCAGAUGGAGCGCAGUGGUACAGGCGGAGCAGCAGGUUGUCCUUCUGUUCAGCACAGAACAGAAAGGACAGCACUUCAUUUAUCUACAGAGGUUCGGUCCCAACUCUCUAGCAAAGCACAAGCUGGAGAUAGAACCUGCUCUCUCAGCUCCUCUCAGCUUUGCUGCCACCUACAGAGACGGAAACAUUAACCUUCUCUACCUGUUCCCUGAUGGUGGUAUGUACGAGAGCGUGUUGGUGGCUCGGCAUGUAGAUCCUACAACAGCAGAAGACAUUCAGGCUCUGCCACGCACUCUGGUUUUGCGGCUUCCUGCUGGAGAUGGCGCGCUGAGCUGCGCCUCUGUUGUGCCCCUGGAUCACGCUCACAUAGCUGUGGUGGGUGUAACGCACCCCUCAGCUGGAGCUGGGAAAGAUUACUUGUGUCUGUGGAAUACACACUUUCAGACUCUCCAGGCUGCCAGAGAGCUGUCAGGCAGGAUCUACGGCCAGUUGUGGUGUUACUCCAGCAAGCUCUUUGUGACUCAUGGAAAGACGCUUUCUGUGAUGCCAUUCGAAUGUCAGAAAUCAUCUCUGGCUGCUGCUGUGGGAAAACUAAAACAGACUAGUGCUAAUGAGAACAAGAGCCUGGCUCUAGUGCCAUCAUGGAAUGCUAUGCUCCAUGGUGAUGCCACACAGACACAACCGCAGGGGAAGAGCCGAGGCAUGACCACACGCAAAAGUAAGCUGAGCUCAAAGAAUCAGACCUGCCCAACAGCAGAGCAACUGGCUGAGAACAUCAAGACUGGCUCCGUUGAGGAGGUGCAGAAAGCGGUGGAGGCGUUUCUCAGUGGAGCAGAGCAGGAGGUGCUGCAACUGGCAGCCGGCAGACUGGCAUCUGAACUAGUGACACGAUGCCAGGCAGAGCCAGGAUUCUACCCGCAAGCUGCCCUGAUUCAGCUGGUCGACACACACUACCUGUGCCACAGUUUGUGUCCUCACCUGCUGAUGCUGGCUCUGGAGAAGAACGAUUUCCGUCUCUGUCAGGUCUGCUUGCAGUUGUUCUCCGACAUUCCUGAAGCUGUUACCUGUGCCUGUCUCAAAGUUAUCCUUAGUGCAUCAGAUGCAGAACUGGAACGUGUAAAUUUAGAGUCCGACAGCCUGCUCUUCAUGAAGGCUCUCACACAGACCACAGAUUCAUCAAACGAAGCCCAGCACAACGGCUUCUGCCCUCCAGCUGUGGAGGAGGAAAGCUGUGAUGCUCCCCCAGAAACCCCGGCUGAUGGCACCAAGCCGCCUAGAGAAGCUUUGGCUCUGGGUAUGAGCUGUCCUGUAGGGCUACACAAAGGAGCGCUGCUAAAUGAAGUGCUGCAGACACCAUACAGUGACAAUCUUCUGCUUCCUCAUCUAAAAGACCUCAGUGUCCCACAGGUUAUUCUCCUACUACAGUAUCUUAAGUUCCUGUAUUUAAAGUACUCUCAUGGCGCCCAGUCCCAGAUCCGUGUCCUAAGAACGCCAGAUGUCACUCAGAUUAUGGACUGGGUUUGCUUGUUACUGGAUGCUCACUUCACAGUGCUGGUUUUGGCUCCUGAAGCAAAGGGUUUGCUUUCUAGUCUUCACAAGUUUGUCAGAUCUCAGGUGAAGUUGUACUCAGAGCUGGGGAAGAUUGAGGGAAGUCUGGAAGUACUCAAAACCUCCAAGCAGUCCAAAGAGAUAGGCCAAUAUUCAAUAGAGGUGGUCGAACUCUUUUAAAUGAUGUGUAUAUAUUAUUUUUAAUAAAACUCUGCUUAUGACCUUUA